CAUUAAGUGGCAUCGAUGCACGCGGUGACGUACGCUUGAAUUCUUUGUGCUUCGUUAUAUGUAUAGUUCAGUACAACCAACUUCACGCAGUCUGUAUCGUAUGUGUACACGAAAUGAUGGAAAAGCUCGUUUGACGGAAGUCUAUUACAAAAACUGCGGUGAUCCAUUUUCAGGAUUUUCCAACUAAAUUUCCUUCAUCUUCCUUGAUUUCUCUUUUAAUAUCAUCUCUUGAUGAUCGCAUUCGUGAUCAACAAAACGUGCGCGAUUAUUCGAUACUUUUCACCUUCACCCUUAACGACAUAUGCAAAUUCAAAAUGUCAACAUCAGAAGGCAGAGGAAUACGCUCUUAUCUAAACACAAUGUGCUGCAUGAUAAGAGCAUUUUUUAAUGGCAAUUGCCUCUUAUGAAUCACUUGUGAUACCAAUCAGUACUGGAAUAAUGUAAGAAGGAUCAAGUAUAUGUGAUACAUAGUCGUCUAUUUUUAUUGUAAAUUACAAUAAAACAUUGUAACAAUGGGUUCUAUAGCCUUGGAGGAGUUUGAACUCAUGAAAGAUUCUAAAUAUAGAGUCUAUGUGUCAGCUGUUGACAAAGCUCUAAAGAGCUUUGAAUAUACGAGCGAAUGGGCAGAUUUAAUUUCUGCACUUGGAAAACUAAAUAAAGUGUUAUUAAGUCAUAUGAAGUUUCCAGUUAUUCCUAGAAGAAUUAAGAUAUCUAAAAGAUUAGCACAAUGUAUGCAUCCUGCUUUGCCAUCCGGUGUUCAUUUAAAAGCUCUAGAAACCUAUGACAUUAUUUUCAAGUGUAUGGGCACUAAUAGACUGAGCCAUGAACUAUUUAUAUAUAGUGCUGGUCUAUUUCCUUUGUUGGGUCAUGCUGCUAUGAAUGUAAGACCAUCUUUGUUGACAGUAUAUGAAACUCAUUUUGUACCUCUUGGAGAGAGAUUAAGGCCUGGGUUAAGUGGAUUUUUAAGUGGUGUUUUACUUGGUUUAGAAGAUGGGUCUGAUCACUUUGAUAGAACCAAUUCCUUGCUUGAGAAAGUGUGUGAGGGAGUAGGUCCAGAACAUUUUUAUGCAUGUUUGUGGGAUUGUUUAGCUUCAAAUUCUGGAAUCCGAUUACCUGCUAUAUCUUUUGUAUUAGCUCACUUCAACAAAAAACUGCCAAUGGAAGAACAAAAGUACAUCAUGGGCACAGAUACUAAUAUUAUGGUUACUGCUCUUUGCGCUGGGGUACAAGACAGUUCUGUGUUAGUACAAAGGAGUGCUUUGGAUUUGUUGUUAGUUGGUUUUCCUGUACAUAAUAGUCAAUUAACACAUGAGCACAUGGUAUCACUAGUCACAGCUGCUCUUGUCACUAUAUUGAGGAGAGACAUGAGUUUAAAUAGACGACUGUUUGCAUGGCUUUUGGGUACUGAAGUAAGCACAUCUAUUUUGAAGAGAAGAAUGGAAACUAAAGUUUUAGAAAACACGGAAAAUACACCUACUUAUUUUGAUAUGUACUCGAAGGAAAUGCUAAUUGAAGCAAUAAAAUCAUUGUUAAAAGCUGUUUGUAAAGAAAGUCCACAAGAUUUAAAGCCAUAUAGAAUAUUGGUUUCUUUAUUAGAAAAGGCAGAUAUUGGUCCAGUAAUUUUGGACGAUAUCUUAUUUGAAGUUUUUAGGACAUUUUAUAACGCCUGCGGUCAAUCAAACAGAGUACCAAAAACAAACGAAGUUGUAAAAUCAGCAAACUUGUUAUUUUCAACAUUAGAACCAUCUUACGUAUGGAUACAUUGUGGCCAUCUGUUUGAAAAGGCUUGUCAAGGUAGAGCAAAAAGUAAACAAGAAACAGAAGACAUUGCCGUGAGGUCUGUAGGUUGUGGAAUGCCGAAUUUCUUGGAAGUGUGUAUAUUGACUGAAUUCCUGCUCGAUACUGUGUCGUUGGAUGCAUUUAUAGACACUCCUUCGGAGCAUCUGCCUGGCUUAUUCUAUGAGAUCAUUAGUAAACUUUUGUACCACAUCGAUCUUUUAUCUCCUAUGGAGAUCUCGAGAAGUCUUCGAUUGUGCGAAAAAAUUCUGACAAAAGUACAGCCGACAGUGGUUUCAAAUCACACAGAGAAGAACGAAUUGGAAACGAAAUUGGAUACAACUACAAGUACUACCACAACAGUCAAUGAUAACUCCUUAACCGCAAUUCCUUUGGAAAAGAGUCAAUCCGAUAGUAAAUUGAAUAAACCGGACACAACUAGCGGUUCGUUUUCUGAGAAAAGUCCAAGCCCUAGAAGAAGAGCAAAUUCGGGAGGUGCCACCAAGCGAUCCGAGAAAAAGUCAAAAAAGAAAUCUAGUAAAAGUACUUCAAAAUUAAGCGACUCUUUACCAGAACCAAGUACCAAUAUUUCGGUAGUUGUGGAUGCAGAAUCCAAGGGUUUGCCAAGAAAUAAAAGUAUGGACGAUAUAAAGACCGAAUACAUAGAAACAAGUACCAUUAAUUCUCCAUCUAAGGAUCAGUUGACUACUUUGAAACAGUCAAGUAAAAGUAGUCCUAUGGGCUCCACAGGAUCCUUAGGUAGAGGACCAUCUCCUGCGUUUCAAGCGCAACAUUCGAUGUUAGAAAAAUGUUUAAGACAGUAUGAGACUUUUUACGUGAAAUUAGUUAGUAAUAGAGUAUUGACUAAAGAAAGAACGGUUCAAAAUAUGUUCGAUAAUUUGAUGAUACCGUGUCCAAGGGAGAGUUUCGACGAGAGAAUGCGAUAUCUAGAACUUUUAUUAAAUUCUAGAUUAAAUAUGGAGGAUUCUGGUUUCUUCAGUCAAGAUAUUUCUGUAAUGGAAGAUACUAAACAGUUAGACAUUCUUCAUCUGUAUAUUGAUUCUAUUUCACAAGCAGAAUGGGAUGACGCUAUGAAAAUGGCCUCCAGCUUGUUUGUUGAACUAUCUACAUUUCCUAAGUAUUUUCUUCCUGGUGAUGGACUACUUGUAGAGGAAGAACCGAAGGGAAAUAUUAUUCUUCCAGAUUGGUUGAAAGUUUUAGUAGUUUGUACUUGUUGGUUGGGAAAACAACCUGCUUUACAAUUAACCAGUAUUGCUACUUUGUUAGAUUUAGUAGCUUUGUUAAAAGCACAUAACGACAUUGAGACCUACCCAAAAAGUGGGGAGGGAGUUACAGCUGUAAUUAUGGUGCCAUUAUUGAAACAAUGGCAUAUAACUUACUUGAUGCAAUAUACUAACGUAUUUCAGGUACUAGCGCAAUCCUUAUGGCAUCAUCUUGGCGAAUUACCUGCACAUAAAUACAGAAUGCGAUGUGUUGAAUUAUUGCAUGAACUGCAUCAUGCUUUACACAAUUCCUGUGAUGCUGUAGAGGAUGUAAUUGGACUAGCUCUCACGUCAGAAAAUAUAGAGAAAAGAAUAGAAGCGUUCAAUAGGUUCGCCACAUUAUGGCAUCUCGGACGUGAAAUUGAAACGAACCCUAGAUUGCGAGGUUGUAUGAGAUCUUUCGAUCGAUCAUUGUUAAAAAUACUGGAUAAUCUACAGCUCGCAGACAACUCUCCUUUAAAGCUUCAUGCUCAAUCAUGGCUUCUGCAUUCCUUAAUGCGAGGUGACGUUUCACGGAUAGUAGACCCGUUAUUGAUAAUACUCUUAGAUCCAUCUACCUGUCGCAUGAGCGUGCUACAUGUCAGUAUACAGCAUAGCAAUACUGUUUUGACGAAAAACGAUCCCAUAGAAGAAAAGUCUGAGAUACAAGAUGACACAGAAGGUGCAGCAAAAAUUUACGCAAUCAGUUCAGUAGAUGGAAAUGUGAUAUACCAUGUUAGUGAUAGCGUAGAUGAAGAUAAGAAAUGGCGUAAAGGUAAAAAGAAGAAAAAGGCCAUAAAUCCUGUGAAAGUGAAAAGAAUAUUCGCCGUAACGACAUUGGCCGCCGGUGAUAAUUGUAAUCAGUACGUAACCGAAAAAAAUCAAUAUAUGAAAGAACUAGAAGUACCUCCUAGCAUAUCUGGUAAUAGAAAGAUCUCUGUUUUUGUGAAUCCUUUGUCGCUCAACUGCAAUGAGAAUUCUAAUGACUCUCUGACAGAGGACGAUUUGUUGCCUAGCGUGAAGAAGGUAAACUUAACAACAGAGUUCUUAAAGAAUGCGACAAGAUUUAAAAAAAUAGACUUCGACAAAGGUUCGACCGCUAGCUUAGACGAAAGUUUCUAUGAAUCAGCAAAUUCUAGCUUAAAAGCAAAAGAAAAAAAUGGGUUUAAGAAACUGAAUGGAGAGGUUGGCUCAUCUUUGGAUUCCAUUACUAAUAGUUUCGAUUCUAGCAGCCCUGAAAUCACCAAUAAGCAAACAAAACAGAAGAAAGAGUCCAUAAUAAUGCCAGGUAGUUCUAGGGAAGUAGCAGGGACUAUCAUUAAGGGCAAAUAUCAUAGCACAAACGAAUUUGCGACGAAUUAUGAUGUUCACGAUGUUGGAAGUUUUGAAGCAAGCGUCGAAGUACCUAGUUGGACGAUGGAUGACGAAGAAGCAGACUUGGAUAUUAGUACAACUGCAGAAGAAUAUUUUAGUAACUCUAGUGGGAAUAGUAUAGUUGAAGAAAUCUUAAAUGAAGUGCUUGAUAAAGUAAUGCAUAUUUGCGACGUUGUUGAACCAUCUAAAAGUACUGAUGAGACAUCAUAUCAAAACUCAAAAACGGGUCGCAAUUUUGGAAUCGGAGUACACAAUCUUCAUUCACAUAUGCUGCUUUACUGUGGGGUCUACGAUUCAACUAGAACGCUUUACGCAUUACGUACACUUCGCAACGAGCUGUUAACGAACACUAGAAUGUUUCUAUGUUGUGCUGCAACAACUGGUGUAACUAAUGCGACAAAAAACACAACAUUGUUAAAUUUACUAGCUAGACACAGGAAAAGUGUAUUUGGGAGGAAUUUUCAUGGAGACAUAGCAAAUACAGAAUUCAUAGCAGCUUAUAGAAGUAGCAUGUAUUUAGAAGUUUUAAUUAGUGUGUGCCUUUAUUUUGCUAGGAGUUAUUAUCCUAAUUUAGGACAGAUGAGACUUACGCACGAAGAAAUUUCAGGAAAUCGGCAGGUACAACUUGCAAGUGCAGAACUAUUGACACUUAUAUUCUCUGAAUUAAUUCCUAUCGUUCGUGAUUCAGGGAAAGGUUUUAGUUGUUAUAUAAUCGAUUUACUUACUAAAUGUAAAGUACAAAAAGUUGCAUUACAUUGUCUUGUAUCUAGCGUGAUGAAUAUGAAAAAUGCUCAUAAGGAAAAUGAAGAGGUAUUUACAUUUACAGAAGAAAUCAUUUCAUUCAAUGAUCCAGUUAUAGACAAUGAUACAAGUAAAUGCAAAUACAGAGCAAGCGAUCAUACAGAGGCUUUUCAAAUACAACUAUUAAGGUUAUUAUUAGCUUUAAUCAUGCUAGAACAUCAAUGUGGUAAUCAGAAAGGUGAAGAAAUAUGCCCACCAACUACACCAACACCGAGUACUCCAACAAAGACUGUUCCUAACAUUAUGGGAAGUAGCUUAAAGUAUUUAGUUGGUACACCAAUUCCACAACAACCAAUGUUCCUUGCUAGCAUAUUAAGUGCUUUACAAUUGGAUCACAUGAGACAUUUACACCAACACUGGACAACUCUCGUUACUUCCAGUCUUCCCUUCAUGGGAUCUUCGUUAACAUCUAUAGUUACGUCAGUUAUCCACCAAUUAUGUUGCAACAUCGAAAACUUAGCGUCAUAUUAUAUCAACGAAGAAACAACAACGGCGACAAAGUUACAAGACAUAAGUACAUUGGAGUGUUGUCUUCCUGCGGAUUAUACAGUGACACAUCUAGAAGCUUUAACAUUUUUACUUCAUUAUUGUUUAUUGGAUACGUCGCAACAAAUAGGCUUCUCAUUUAAUCAGCCUUUGAGUGGCACUAUUCAGACGGGAAUACCUGGAGCAAAUCCAAGCCAAAUAUUCAAUAAUCUUAUUCACGUGUUUAUGCCGAGCCCACUUUCUCCAGAGCUUACUACAUCAAAGGAUAAAAAUGGAGUUAGUGAAUUACAGCAGCAUGCUCGAAGAACUGCUUUAAGUCACCUGCCAAGAAUAAUUGCAUCUCUCUCUACUCUUUGGCAAGCAGUGUUAGCAACCAAGGACAAUGAUCAAGCCAGUUGCGUAGUAGGUAGUCCAAGAAUAGUGAAGCAUCAACUUCUAGAACUCUUGUCUCCCAUAUCUUUCCAUCAUGGUGUAAACUUUUUGGCCGCCAUUGCUGUUGCCUGGCACGAGAGGCGGCAGCCUUCUGGUAAUUCUAAGAAGGUGCUUCCAGAAGCUUGUUCAAAUCAACAAGUUAUGGUUCAUUUAGUAAGCGCAAUCCGUGUGAUGCCUAUCGAUACUUUGGUUCAGACUGUUCAUCAAGUUGUAAAGAAUCAACCACCGAUUCACGGUGUGAAGCAAGAUUUUUCGUUAGAAGUUUCUGUAUUGGAACUGCUCUACGUUUAUAUGCAAAGUAAUACGUCUCAAUCCCUAAUUGAAUCUUGGGCAUCUUUACUUGGUCUACUCAAAGACGGCCUAUCUUUAACGGCGCCUGCUCAAUUUCUAUUAUUGGCGAUCUUAAAUGAAUAUGUACAGAAAUGUCCCCCUAUGCAAGAAAAGAAGGAUAUUAGAGAUCUGCAAGAUGUGUCUGCAAAGUUGGUUGAGUCAUGUUCGCAAAUAGCUGGAGCAUGUUUAGAACAAACCACCUGGUUAAGAAGAAAUUUAGCAGUAAGGGAAGACGCAUUCGAAGUUGCUGAAGGAUCAUCGGAAGGUAAAGAAGGCAAAAGUGGUGCUGUAACACCCGGCACACCACCUAAUGCAGCAUAUAGUAUCCAAGCUCAAGCAGUAUUAGCAGAAAUAGUAGCACCUUUGUUGGAUGUUAGUUAUGGUUCCCAAGAAAAAGAACGUGUAGUGACGCUGUUAACCAAUCUCAUGUAUAAUAUUACGCCAUAUCUUAAAAAUCAUUCGACAAAGAAUAUUGCCUCGUUUACGGCUUGUUCUCAAUUACUGAGCUCCUUAUCAGGUUACCAAUAUACAAGGAAAGCAUGGCGCAAAGAUGUGCUGGAUCUUCUGUUAGAUUCUGCUUUCUUCCAAAUGACACCAGCAUGUUUACCAUAUUGGAGGACUAUCAUAGAUAAUUUAAUGACGCAUGACAAUACAACGUUCCGAGAUUUAAUGAAUCGCGUUUCAAUGGCUCAAAGUAGCAGUAUCAGUAUAUUCUCUUCGAAAGAACAAGAAUAUGAGCAGAAAGCCCAGCUUUUAAAAAGGUUAGCAUAUGUGAUACUAUGCAGCGAAAUGGAUCAAUAUCACAAAUACAUGCCUGAAAUUCAAGAACGACUUGCGGACAGUUUGCGAUUACCACAAGUAAUUCCAUCUAUUCAAGCACAAGUGUUUCUUUGUUUCCGGGUGCUACUUCUUAGAAUGUCUCCACAACACGCAACUUCCUUAUGGCCGGUAAUAGUUAGCGAACUUGUUCAAGUUUUCCUAUACAUUGAACAAGAACUGAACACAGAUAGUGAAGAAUUCAGUCGUCAUGGCAGUUCACAUAUAAAACUACUCUCAGCUUUGGAUUCAUCUUGGGCUGUGAAUGCUAGUAAUGGACUUCAAGCACAUGGCCAUCCUCAUUGGUUGCAAUUGCAACUUGCAGCUGCUAAAUUAUUAGAUUUAGCGCUGCUUUUACCUGCACACAGGCUUCCUCAAUUUCAAAUGUAUAGAUGGGCAUUUGUAGGGGAUUCAGCGGUAGGAUCCAUGGAAAACAAUAAUUUAUCUUCUGAUUUUGUACCACAUAUUACGAGAAUAGCAAAACUGAUGGACAGUAAGUAUAAACAGGAAGCAAACACUGUGAAAGCUGUACCCGGUGAACUACUUCUAACAUCGAAUAACAUUCGUUCAUUGCAAGAUCUGCAUUAUUUUUUUACGACAUUGAGUCGCAGAUCUAGUGAUACACAGGCACCGUUGAAUGUUACACAACUGGAAGCAGUGAUUGAACAAGAUUUUCUUGAAAAAAUGCCAGCUGCAAGGUAGUAGGAAUAUACGCAUUAAAUAAUGUAAUGAUACAACUUUUUAAAGAAGAAAGAUGGAAAAAUAUCUGAACAUCUUUAUUCUUUGUUAUUUUUUUAAAUACAAUAAAUUGGGAGACCAUGAUUCUCUUAAAAGGAGUGAUCUAAUUCUAUAAAAUCAAUUCUAUACAAUCUUAUCGUUACGAGCUGUACAUCAAGAAUUAAGUAACGUAGAACAUGUAUUAUAUAGUGAUAUUCGAAUGAAUAUUUGAUUUUUAUUAAUUAAGCUUCUAACUUGUCUCCUCAUUCGGUUGUGAAUAGUUAUCAAAAGAUACGCCAGGCUAGUGCCUAGCUGAAUAUUAAUAUCUGUAGAAAAAUAUGUACAGUGUAACAUAAUAUUUUAUUGAAACGUUAUUUUUUCAACGGUUUCGAGAAAGAGUUGUUUAUUCUUUGUUUAUCAUGUAUACCCCACUAUCCUAACAUUAAUGAAAUUUUAGAGGAUGAUCGAUAUAGUGAUAAUAUAUAUAUAUAUAUAAAAGCAAAAGUUUCUUAUUUUCUUUAAAUUUACACAUCAGUUUAUGAAAAGUACAAUAUACAUAAUAUAUCCGAUGAAGCUUUUAGUUGAUUGUACAUAUUCAUGUCAAUAAAUCUUCCUUUUCUUAUUAUUUUGAAAACUAAAAAUAAACGUCUAUAAGUAAACUGCGGUGAUUUUUAAACUGCAAACAUCAGGAAAUAUUAACUACUACUAUAUUUGAAAACGUUAAUUAUUAUAUUUAAAAAUUUAAUAAAUAUGAAUGAGAGAAUGAAAACACAGAAUGCAUUUGUACAUGUAUCAUGUGUGUGAAUAUUAUUGCCAUAUCUUUCUUAAGACUUAAUAUUGCUGUAUUGAUUAUUAAGUGUACAUUAUUUAGGUUUGUAAUAAAAAUUUAUUAAUGUUUAUUUUACUAAUGGAGUUAUAAUUUUCACACACGUGAUUCAUUAAUUCAUAUGUAAUUAAACAGACGAGAAGACUUGCUGUAAAAUUAUUUUUCUAUAUGUAAACACAUAAAAAUUUCAAGAAGAUGUAAGUCUUUAAACAGUUUGUGAAACACACAAUUCAUUUAUUAGAGACAUUUAUUAGAGUUGCCAUUUUUAUUUUAUCAUGUAUUUCUAUACAUAUAUAGAUAUAUAUAUAUAUAUAUAUAUAUCUACUAUGUAAUUGCUACCGCAUUGUCAACGCCUUCUUAUGCUAUUUUACUUCUAUUUAGAUGCGAAACAAAUUAACUAAAUAAACAUAUACGAAAUAUUGUACACUAUUAUUGAUCUACUGAUUAAAGAAAUAAGCAACAAGAAACCAAGUCUAUCUAUACAAAUGAGAAUUUUAUAAUCAAUGCUCGUUGUGUGAUGAAAUAACAUUUGUUAUUCCCUUUUAAAAGGUAUCUAUGUAUUAUUUAAUUAUUUAAUAUGCAUACAUAAUGUGAAUAUUCCAUAAUUUAAAUGACAUGCAUUUAUUAUUUAUAUAAUGUAAGAAUGAAAAAAUAAUUUUUCAAUUAAAAACAUUUCAUUCUAAUUAUAUAAGGAGAAAUGUCCAUACUUUAAUUUUCGUAAUAUUCACAUGCUAUUAUUAAUAUAAAUGUUUUAGAAUAGUAUAUUGAAAAAUUGUAUAUUUUAUAGAGAUGUAAUGCAUUUCUUUGAACAGAAUUUUUUAUUUAAGCAAUUGUACAAUCAAAUUAAUAUUUGAUAGCGUGUACAUUAUCUUCUACAAAAAUAUUUUCAAUUGUUCAAUGGAACAACUUGUUAAGCAAUAUUACAUUUUGUAAAUAUUUUAAGAUAUAAUUUUAGUUACAUAAUUUUUUAAAUCGUGCAAUACUUUCAUAAGAAAGUCUAUACUUAUUAUGUUCCUUGCUUUCCAAAUUCUUUUUGUUUCAUAUUUUUGUAAACAGAUCAAAAAAAUUCAAGAAAUUCAAUUAUAAAAUUUGUUAUAUUGUAAAACAUAUUGGCAAAGCCAAAUAUAAGUGAUAUUCAUAUAUAUUUAUGUUGAAAUAUGUAAAUUUAUACAAUAAAUUAAUGUUCAACAAAA